UUAAAGUUAAGUUAGUUUUUUAUUUAGCAUAUUAUAGCAUCACGCACGCACCACAAAAUCAAUACAAAAAUAAGUUAGUUUCUCUGUUUUGUUCUCCCUCAUCGAUAGAUAAUCAUCAAAUGGGGGCAUAUAGAGCCGAUGACGAUUACGAUUAUCUAUUCAAGGUUGUUUUGAUCGGUGAUUCUGGUGUUGGUAAAUCAAAUCUUCUUUCUAGAUUUACAAAAAAUGAAUUCAGUCUCGAAUCUAAAUCUACCAUUGGUGUUGAAUUUGCUACCAGAAGCAUUCGUGUUGAUGAUAAGGUUGUUAAGGCUCAGAUUUGGGAUACUGCUGGUCAAGAAAGGUACCGAGCAAUUACUAGUGCUUAUUAUCGCGGAGCUGUUGGCGCUUUGCUAGUUUAUGAUGUUACCAGGCAUGUUACAUUUGAAAAUGUGGAGAGAUGGCUAAAAGAGCUGAGAGAUCAUACAGAUGCCAACAUUGUUGUGAUGCUUGUAGGCAACAAAGCAGAUCUGCGUCAUUUACGAGCAGUUUCGACCGAAGAUUCUACAGCUUUUGCAGAACGUGAGAAUACAUUUUUCAUGGAAACAUCUGCCCUUGAGUCCUUGAACGUUGAAAGUGCCUUCACAGAAGUGUUGACGCAGAUCUAUCGUGUUGUAAGCAAGAAGGCCCUUGAGAUUGGUGAUGAUCCAGCUGCUUUACCUAAAGGACAGACUAUUAAUGUUGGGUCCCGUGAUGAUGUAUCAGCUGUGAAGAAAUCUGGAUGUUGUUCUGCUUAAGAAUGUUGUAAAAGUCUCUGUAUUUUUACCCUGAAAAUGAUGUCAUGUUUAUACCAUGUAGAGAUUGAACUGACAGCAUGAAGAUGGAUUGUUUAGAGAGUUCUGUUCAAUAUUAGCCAAAUGUUUAGGAAACAUACACAUUUAUUUUAAGUAAUUUAUAUUUUUGGCAUUGUAAGAUAUUCAUUCAUUCAUCUAAUUUCAAAAUUUUCAUUUCUGA